AUGAACUGGGGACUGAAGUCAUCGGGAAGUGCCAAUUCCGACUUGUGUGGUCGCUUUAAGAAGAACUCAGAAUAUGGAACCAAGAAGAAGAAAAGGGCUGAUGGAAAACUAGACUUUUUUUCGAGAAUAGUAUCGUCGCUUCGAUUUCCGGCAAACAUAAGGCUGACGACGUUUGCCUUGAACCCAAGGUUGUACGGCGAAUCAUUCACACUGAAUGCCACCACUUUUCUGGUUUCUGAAUGGGCCACAUUGAUAUAG